CACAUCUUGCUCCGUGAAAGUGUGGCAACGCCGGCAGCAAAUGGACUUUCCGGCAACGUUAACGGGGCAACACGAAUUAGCCGAAAAUAUUUAAUAUUUUCUGCGAUAAAAGAACAAUACCUAUUCACAAUAUUGUUGAAAGACAAGGAAAAGGCAAAGCUAUCAUUGUUCAAUGUUCACAAUACAAUAAUACAAGUGAAACAGUCUUCCUAACUAUCAGAAGUUUUCUUGUAAUAUCCAUCGUCUGUCCAAUUGCAAUUGGUUCUAAAAAAAAAAAGGAAAAAAUACAAAUGGUGUAGGAAUAAGAAGGGAAAGAGUUCAAAAUGAACUUCGAGUAUAUUGGCCACGCCUUGGGCUACCAUGGGCAGCCAAUGCAAAAGAUUUGGGAUGACGAAAGGGGCGUGGACGACUUGCGGCUGAUGGGACUCACCCAGGUCAACUACAGCGUCUACCAGGAGCGCCAGAAGUACUUAACCUUCCAAGAGCGUGCCAAGCGCCUCAAGAUGCACCAGUUCCUGGCCAGAAAGGCGACCGACCUAUAUGAUCGCAGCCUGGUGGCCAAUGUCAUGGAGGAUAAAGUUCUGGCCCAAGGCAAGGAUAGUUUGGUGGUUCAACCACCGUACGAGUUCUUUCUGUCGGCGAAGGAUAAACGCAAGGCGUGGACGCAGCGCCUGGAAUCUCUGAAGCAGGGUGACAUCAUAUACGCCUCGGUGGUAAAGGUGACCUCCGCAGUUCGGCUAAUGGUGAAGCCGCUUUGCACCGCUGAACCCGUUCAUUCCUACUUGGCCGAUAUACCCAUAAAAGCUCUAAUUAUACAGGACUAUUGGGGACCAAUGCCACGGGACAAGCAGGGUAAUCCGCGUGCUUUCACUGUUAACGAAAUUGUACGCUGCGAAAUAUGCAACAUAUCCGCGGAAACGGAGCGAGUUACUCUCAAUAUGCUCGGAAUGUAUAACAAGUCGCCGGAUUUGAAGUUGGGCCUCUGCAGCCCUGAGGACUUGCCAAAAUACUACAAGAAAAUUCACAACUUGGAGCAUCCAUCACCGGUGCACUACGAGGACCAACUUACCGCCGCCUUGGAGUUCCAGAACCCCAACUACGAUGCCCUCUUCCAGAUGAACGGCCUGCAGCCGAACGAGAACCUGACCCUAAUGAGCCACCUAAAAGCUGGCUUUCCAGAUGCAGAAUACGCUACGGAACUGCGACAGAAACAGGCCUCCCAAUGGGCAUUCCGCUCCGUUGCUGAUGGCAUUGAGCACUUUAAGAACGGCCAGCAGGUCGAGGCCUUUCAGUGCCUGAACAAGGCCCUGAACAUUGAUCCGCGCAAUGUUGAAGGUCUAGUGGCGCGUGGUGCUCUUUACGCCAACCGCGGCAGCUUCCUCAAGGGGCUGCAGGACUUCGAGAAGGCGCUGAACCUUAACAAAUACCAUGUGAAUGCGCGGAAGUACAUGGGCGAGACGCUGGUUGCCCUGGGUCGCAGCUACGAGGAGGAGAACCGCAUCCCCGAAGCGGUGAAAGCCUACAGCGACUGCCUCAACUUGCUGCCGCAGCAUGAGGAGGCGCGUCAGUCUCUGGACGUGCUGCAGCGCCCACCAUUCGCCGGGCCGAGCGGAAGCGGAAUUGUAAGUGGGGAUGGUAAGCCUAGACUAAGUACCGCGUCUGGCGGACACUCUUCAGAUGAGUCCAGUUCCUCGAGUGCCAGUGAUAGUGAAACCGAAGACCAGACAACCAAAGGAAAGGUUAACUUUCACCAACCCUUCUAUGCACAAUCUCAGGCGGCUGGUGGCGACAAGCUGGCGGUCAUCGAUGCCCAGAAGGCCAACGAGUUCCGGCUGGACGAUGACGAAACGGUGUCCAGUGUCCGGAAGCUGCUGCGCGAGGCCAGCAAGCACAAAAAGGCAAAGAAAAAGGGCAAAAAGAAAAAGGACAAGAAGGAAAAGAAGCCCAAGUCGAAAGCCAAAGAGGAGGAUCCCGUCGAAAUGCUCAAGAAGCUUGACUUCAACGAAGCCUACAGGCUCAUGAGCAGCGUCGGAAAUGAGGCUGAACUGAAGGCCAAACUGAAGAACUACUUGCAACAGCAACAAGGUGGCAGUGAUUCACCUCCGCCUGCCCCACCCACUAUCAAAAGGACAACCGCUUUGGAAAAGCGGGCCAAUUUUGACGACAUGGGACCCAGCACUUCCCGUCAUGCGGUGGCCAAUUCCUCAACAAGCAACGAUGUACCACCUCCGGCACCAAAGUUUCAGGAACAACGGAAGCCGCCACCGCAACCCAUACCCAAGCUGUCGUUCCAAAUCAAAAAGCGUCCGUUGCAAAUGGAUAAGUUUGGAUUGAUUCGACUCGCUGCCCCGCCCGAAGGAAUGCCCACCAGUCGCAGCACCAGUUCUCGCAGCCGGAGUCGAAGCCACAGCCGUAGCAGGAGUCGUUCUAGACAUCAUCGCCGUCGUCGAGGUUCACGGCGGCGCAGCUCAACGCCAAAGCGUAGAAGCCGCCAUCGGUCACCAUCCAGGUCCCGAACUCGGUCUCGAUCGCGAUUCCGAUCUCGGACAAGAUCGAGGUCUCGACGGCAGCGUAGCUUCUCACGAUCGCGAUCGCGUUCCCAUUCGCCAAGACGCUACGGAAGAGGCCGUUUUGUAAGCCGCCAUUCACGCUCUCGAUCCCAGCAUCGCCGGAAGAUGCGGUCGCCUUUUGUGAAACGACGCACUCCCUCGCCUUUCGAUCCCCGCCGUUCACCCUCCCGCUCACCCGAGUCACGUCAUCGUCGCCACCGUUCCCGUUCCUGGUCUCGUUCCCGAUCCCGAUCGCGUUCUAGGAACCGUUCGCGCAGCUACAGUCCAUAUCGCUUUUCAGGACGCUUCCAGUCACGGGGAGGACGAGGUCGUGGUCGCGGUCGAUUCAACAACAAAUAUGGUUGGUUUAGCCACGACUCUCGCCCUGACUCUGGCACGGAGUCGAAUGGCAGGGACAGGAAACGUAGUACAUCACCGGAAGAAGACUCCCCGCCGCAGAGUUCGGGUAGGCGGGUCACAAGUGCAGGAGGUAAUCACGAGGAGAGGACUGAAACGAUCAAGGAGGAUGCGCAGAAAGUGCGCAGCAAGGAGUAGGGCCACAGGAGUUGCCCAUAAACAUAACCACUAACUUAACGAUUAAGUUUCCUUUCAGGAAUAAGAAUUACCUAUACUUGAUUUUUUGACUUUUGCGAAAUAUGUGAAAACAUAACCGAUAUCGAUGUUCAGAAAUAACUAAUAAAGAAGCUUUCGAAGCUAACUUUUCCCAUUAA